GGAGAGAAGCCGGCAGAGGAAGAGAAGGCGGCUGAGGAAGAGAAAUCAGCAGAGGGAGAGAAGCCGGGAGAGAAGCCGGCUGAGGAAGAGAAGCCAGAAGAGGGAGAGAAGCCGGCAGAGGAAGAGAAACCGGCAGAGAAGCCAGCAGAGGAAGAGAAGGUGGCAGAGGAAGAGAAGGUGGCAGAGGGAGAGAAGGCGGCAGAGGAAGAGAAACCAGCAGAAGAGAAGGCUGCUGAGGAAGAGAAACCAGCAGAGGGAGAGAAGCCGGUAGAGGGAGAGAAGCAAACAGAGGGAGAGAAGCCGGCAGAGGAAGAGAAGCAAACAGAGGAAGAGAAGCCAGCAGAGGGAGAGAAGCAAACAGAGGAAGAGAAGGCGGCAGAGGGAGAGAAGCCGAUAUGGAGGGUGUCAGAGGGUGAGAUGCCGGCAGAGGAAAAGAAGCGGGCAGAGGAAUGGUGGGUGUCAGAGGAAGGGAAACCGGCCGAAGAAGAGAAACCGGCAGAGGAAGAGAAAGUUGGAGAAGGGGCGGCGGCAGAGGAAGAGAAGCCAGCAGAGGAAGAGAAGCCGGCAGAGGAAGAGAAGCCAGCAGAGGAAGAGAAACCUGCAGAGGAAGAGAAGGUGGCAGAAGAAGAGAAACCAGCAGAGGAAGUGAAACUAGCAGAGGAAGGGAAAGCAGCAGAGGAAGAGGUAAGCGAGGAAAAGCCGGCAGAAGAAGAGAAGCCUGUAGAGGAAGAGAAACCGGCAGAGGAAGAAAAGGCGGCAGAAGAAGAGAAACCGGCAGAGGAAGGGAGGCAGGCAGAGGGAGAACAAGAGAAGCCGGCAGAGGAAGUUGGAGAGGAAGGGAAGGCGGCAGAGGAAGAGAAAUCGGUAGAGGAGAAGGCAACAGAAGAGGCGGGGUUGAUAAAGGUGGCUGAACAAAAAGCCAAGGCAGAAGAAGCUACCUGUGAGUGGCCAGAUGACGUGAGUGAGGAGAGUGGCGAGUCACAAUCAGUUAUAGUAACCGCCGUGUCAUCAACAAUUGAAGAGGUGUGUGAGCAGCCAUUGGUGGAGAAGAAGGAAAGGGAGGCAGGAAAAGACGAAGGGGAAGAGGUAGCAGAGAAACAUGAAAAGGUAGAAGUAGGGGAUCUAGGAAUAUCGGAAAAAAUGGAAGAGCCCGGAGAGGAGGAGAAGGCAGUGGAGGCUGAGAAAGUGGAGGAGGAAGCCAAACCUGAAGAGGAGGUCACUGCCGGAGAAGGGGUGGCUGCGGAGGCAGAGGGUGAGGAGAAGGAGGAAGAGGAGGAAAAGGGAGUAGAGGAGGAGAAAGCGGGAGAGGAGGGGGCGGCAGAGGAGGAGAAGCCGGCAGAGGAGGUUGCAGAGGAAGAGAAGCCGGCAGAGGAGGUUGCAGAGGAAGAACAGCCGGCAGAGGAAGUUGCAGAGGAAGAGAAGCCGGCAGAGGAAGUUGCAGAGGAAGAGAAGCCGGCAGAGGAAGUUGCAGAGGAAGAGAAGCCGGCAGAGGAAGUUGCAGAGGAAGAGAAGCCAGCAGAGGAAGUUGCAGAGGAAGAGAAGCCGGCAGAGGAAGUUGCAGAGGAAGAGAAGCCGGCAGAGGGAGAGGAAGAAAAGCCAGCAGAGGAAGUUGAAGAGCAAGCAGCAGAGGAAGUUGGUGAGGAAGGAAAGCCUGUAGAGGAAGUUGGAGAGGAAGAGAAACCAGCGGAGGAAGUUGCAGAGGAAGAGAAGCCGGCAGAGGGAGAGGAAGAGAAGCCGGCAGAGGAAGUUGGAGAGGAAGAAAAGACGGCAGAGGAAGUUGGAGAGGAAGGAAAGCCGGCAGAGGAAGUUGGAGAGGAAGAGAAGCCGGCGGAGGAAGUUGCAGAGGAAGAGAAACCGGCAGAGGAAGUUGCAGAGGAAGGGAAGCCGGCAGAGGAAGUUGGAGAGGAAGAGAGAGCGGCAGAAGUUGGCGAAGAAGAAAAGGGUGCAGAGGAAGUUGGGGAGGAAAAGGCGGCGGAAGAGGAAGAGAAACCGGCAGAGGAAGAGAAACCGGUAGAGGAAGAAGCAGUCGAAGAGAAGGUGCCCAUUUUGAUGAUAGAGAGUGGAACACCAGAAGACAUGGCAGCAGCUGAAGAGGAAGAACUGGAAUCCGAAGAAUCUGUUUGUGAGUUGCCUGAAGAUGAAGAAAAGGAAGAGGAGAAGCAAAUAUUUGAUGCAUCAACAAUAACAACCGUAUCGUCUGAAGAAGAAGUAUGCGAGUUGCCGGAGAAAGAGAAAGGGGAGGCAGGGGAAGCAGAGCCCGAGAGAGGGGGAGAAAUAGAGAAGGCGGCAGAGGAGGAGAAACCGGCAGAGGAGGAGAAGGCGGCAGAGGUAGAGAAACCAGUAGAAGAAGAGAGACCAACAGAGAGAGGGGCGGCAGAGGAAGAGAAGCCGACAGAGGAAGAGGCGGCAGAGGGAGAGAAACUGGCAGAGGAAGAGGCGGCAGAGGGAGAGAAACCGGCAGAGGAAGAGGCGGCAGAGGGAGAGAAGCCGGCAGAGGAAGAGAAGCCGGCAGAGGAAGAGAAACCAGCAGAGGAAGAGAAACCGGCAGAGGAAGAGAAGGUGGCAGAGGGAGAGAAGGCGGCAGAGGAAGAGAAAGCAGCAGAGGUAGUUGGAGAGGAAGGAAAGCCGGCAGAGGAAAUUGGAGAGGAAGGAAAGCCGGCAGAGGAAAUUGGAGAGGAAGGAAAGCCUGCAGAGGAAGUUGGAGAGGAAGAGAAGGCAGCUGAGGAAGAGAAGCCGGCAGAGGAAGAGAAGCCGGCAGAGGAAGAGAAACCGGCAGAGGAAGAGAAGCCAGCAGAGGAAGAGAAGGCGGCAGAGGGAGAGGAAGAGAAAGAAGCAGAGGGAGAGGAAGGAAAGCCGGCCGAGGAAGUUGGAGAGGAAGUGAAAGCAGCAGUGGAAGAGAAGGCAGCAGAGGAAGAGAAGGCAGCAGAGGAAGCUGGAGAGGAAGAGAAGGCAGCAGAGGAAGUUGGAGAGGAAGGAAAGCCGGCAGAGGAAGAGAAGGCAGCAGAGGAAGUUGGAGAGGAAGGAAAGCCGGCAGAGGAAGAGAAGGCAGCAGAGGAGGUUGGAGAGGAAGGAAAGCCGGCAGAGGAAGAGAAGGUAGCAGAGGAAGUUGGAGAGGAAGAGAAGGCAGCAGAGGAAGGAAAGCCGGCAGAGGAAGAGAAGGCAGCAGAGGAAGGAAAGCCAGCAGAGGAAGAGAAAGUAGCAGAGGAAGUUGGAGAGGAAGGAAAGCCGGCACAGGAAGUUGGAGAUGAAGAGAAGGCGGCAGAGGAAGAGAAACCGGCAGAGGAAGAGAAGCCGGCAGAGGAAGAGAAGCCGGCAGAGGAAGAGAAACCGGCAGAGGAAGAGAAACCGGCAGAGGAAGAGAAGCCGGCAGAGGAAGAGGCAGAAAUGGCAGAGAGAAUGGUGAAGGACCGGGCAGAGAAGAUGAAGGGUGCAGAAGGGGAGGAUAAGCGGAAGAUGGACAGCGUGGUGAAGACGGUGGUGAAGGUGGUGGAAGGGGUGGUUGACCGGGUGAUGGAGAAGGCAAUUGAACGGAUGGUGGAAGUUGGCAAGACCAGGAUGGGGGAGCGGGAUAAGAUGGUGAAGGUGGUGGAGAAGGUGGUGGAAAAUGUGGUGGAGAAGGUGGAGAAGAUCAUGGAGGAUCUGGCGAAGAUGGAGGAUGUGCCGGAGAAGAAGAUCGAAAGGAUGGUGGACCUGGUGGUGGAGGAAGGGCAGAAGCUGUUUGAGAAGAUGAUGGAGAAGAUGGGGCGGAUGGUGGAGGAAGAAGCUCGAGAUGCGGCGGUGCCGCCGGAGAGCUGCGAGCGUCAGCUGAAGGAGUCCAAGAAGGAGGUGGAUAAGAUGAAGCGGCAGAAGAAAGAGGAGGCCACGGCCAGGGAAGAGCUAGCGAAGAAGAAGGCGGCGGGGAAAGUGAAGUCCAAGGACGCGGAGCCGUUGAAAAAGAAGAAGAAGAAGGCGCGGGAAGAGGAGUCGGAGAGUGAGGAGAGCUCGAGGGUGAAAUCGGAGAGCUCGGAGACCGAGGAGUCUGCAGCCGCCGCGCCGGUCAAGUCUAAAAAGUCGGCCGGGGCCAAGUCCAAGAAGGCGGCGAAGGAGGCAAAGGAGGAGGAGCCGCCGGUGAAGAAGAAGGUGAGCAAGGAGAAGGUGAUGGUGCCCCCGGUGAUGGAGGACGAGUUCCAGCGGCUGUACGACCAGUUGGUGGAGCGGGCGGGCGGCCAGUUGGACCUGGCUGGCUACCGGCGGCUGCUGGAAGAGGAGGGGUUCCCGACGGGCGAGGCCAGAGCCACCGAGGCCUUCCGGCGGUUGGAUGCUGACAGCGACGGGACGGUGGGGUUCCAGGACUUCCUGGUCGCUGCCACCGAUGCCCGCCUCUACAGCCAGUUCUUCUCUGAGCUGCCCAACACACGGGAGGACGCAGGCUUGCAGAAGGGCCUGGUGGACAACACGGUCUACUUUGAGAUCCUCUCCCGGCUUCUGGGCUCGCGCAUCAUCUCGGAGGACUCCACUGGCCGCAUCAUCGAGUACUUCUACAAGAAGAAGAAAGGCGCUAAGCUGAAGACCAGGAAGGAGAGCAAAGGUGCCUGCACCAGCAUCGUGGAGGGGACCUUCCUCGGAGUCUCCGUUUACAGCUUGCUGCAGUACCUGGACAUCCUGGGGCCGGAUGAGCAGUACAGGGAGGUUCCCCUGAAGCCCGAGCAGGUCACCGCCUUCAGGGAGGUCUUCCAGAUCUUCCCCACUGACGGGGAUGAGCGGAUAGACUUGUCCUGUCUCAGCAGUAUGAUGACCCAGCUUCAAAUCCCACUGCGCAAUCCCCUGAUUGCGGACGAGGUGAAGUUCGCUGGGGUCAACGGCGGCCGCCCUGUCGACUUCCGGGACUUCCUCACCAUCAUGGCGGACACAGCCGUCUUCGGCCGCUUCCUGGACCCUCCGUACCCGGAGGCUGCUCACUCCCUGUCUCCCGAGGUCUUCCCUUUCGCCGUCCUGCUGAAGUCGGUGGAGUCGGGUCAGGUCGGUAACGAGACCAAGUCCGCCCUGGCAUUUUACUACCAACCCAAGCUGGAGAUAGUGCAACCGAAGCCCAAGAAGCAAGGCAGGCCCAAGUCCGCUCCCAAAGGCGCCGCCGCCGCUCCGAGCCGCCCGCCCCCAGUCCUGGCUCCGGCCCCAGCUCCUGUCCUUGCCCCCGCUCCAGCUCCCACUCCCGCCCUCGCUCAAGCUCCGGCCCCAGCUCCAGCUCUAGCUCCAGCACCGGUCCCAGCCCCAGCUCCAGCCCUAGCUCCGGCCCCUGUUCCCAAACGCACCCCACCGCCACCCAGGCCCCAGAGGGUGGCCCGCACCAAGUCACCCAAGCCCAAGAGAUCGGUGUCGCCCAGCAAGGCGGCAAGGCCGGCCACCACGGGUAGCCAAGCUCUGCGGCAGAAGGCCAAGGAAAAGACCGACGAGUACACCCGCAAUGUCCUGGCCAACCGGCAGUACUACGAGAAGAAGUUCAGGCCUGUGAUGAGGAACCCCGCCUUCCACAACGCCUUCCGGGAAUACACGUGGACAUGGAGGGCCCCGUCGCUAGACCGGAGCUGCUCGGCACCCGCCAAGAAGAAAAGGGAAGAAAAAGGGAAAAAGGAGAAGUAGGCGUAACUAUUAGUGGCGAGCACACUCCUGGGGGGGAAAAGAGAAAAUGUCUGAGCCUCCUCCGAGCCUAGCCCCGAAAGGGAGGGGUGAGCGCCUUAAUUCGGUAAUGUAAAGGAUGGCUUCGCGGCCUUAAUGUGAAAUAAUAAAAGCAACCUCU